UUGGCGUUCACAUCGAGAGCGACAGCAGCAACAAGUAAGCCCAGCCGAAGGAUCAGAUCAGAGCUUCAACCAUUAAAAGUCACAGUCGCUUGUACUUUAAGGCAAACGCAAACAGUUCGCGAAGUUAUCAGUUUUCCGGCGCCAGAUUUUUCCAAUUUACCGACGCCAAUUUGAUUGCCGGCGAUUCCCGAACUCAUCCAGUCGCAAAAAGUAUCAUUCAAAACCGCUUUAAAAUGAUGAAGUUCGUGCAAAUACUGUUGUGCUACGGCCUACUCUUGACCCUGCUCUUUGCCCUCAGCGAGGCUCGUCCUUCAGCAGGCGAAACAGGACCUGAUUCGGAUGGUCUGGAUGGACAGGAGGCUGAGGAAGUGCGCGGCGCCUACGGAGGAGGCUAUGAGAUGCCUGCCCAGGCCAUCUAUCCCAACAUUCCCAUGGACCGACUGCAGAUGCUCUUUGCUCAGUACCGACCCACUUACAGCGCCUAUUUGAGGAGUCCCACCUAUGGCAAUGUGAACGAACUUUACCGGCUGCCCGAGAGCAAACGUCAGGUCAGAUAUCGGCAGUGCUACUUCAAUCCCAUCUCCUGCUUUAGGAAGUAAGUUCCCAGCCAGCAGAUAGAUUAUCCACAACCUGCAGCCCUUGGAUAAAUUAACAAUUCAAGCAUUUCAACAACCCAAAAAUGAUGUUUAGCAUAAUGGAUCACCAAAAAUGUAACGCAAAUAUUUAGUGCAAUUAAACUAAAGCUAAGACUCAGCUUUAUCCACAUAUACAUAUAAAUAUACUGAAAUCUAUAUAUGUAACUUAACUAUUUAAAUGUCUAAAAAAGAAUGAAAAAAUGUUCCAUUGUAGUUACCAAAAAAAUAAAUGAUGUAUUUAUUUGAAUAUUAGCACAAAAGUUAAAAA